GCGCGCUCGCACAGCCUUGUUAAUCUCAAUUACGCGAUAUACAAAAUGUUGCCGGCGCUGAAUAAUUGUGCGCGCAAUGCGCGUGCAUGGCCCAACGAGGCUAUAUAAUUGCAUUUUGCAGCAGGUGCGCUUUCAGUCCUACCGCGGGUUAAACGCCACCCACGCGUCAUCUCGUUGGCUCGAUUCGGCGAUGGAAGUCGGUUGACUCGAGAGUGGAAGUUACCGAUCGAUCUGUGCAUAUAUUUACCGGUCACGACGAAGCAUCACCGAUCAGCACAGAGUCCCGGCCACAUGGGUAGAAACAAUACCGUGGUGUACGUGUCACCUGUCGUCGACACGAAGAUGCAGAAGAUGAUCCUGCCGCAGUGGCUCGCGGGAAUCGGAGUGUUUCUGCUGCUCAUCCAUGUCGGCCUCAUGGGAGGAUGGGCCUCGCCGACCCUCGCUCGGCUCGCCGCCCCGGACUCGCCCAUGCCGAUUUCGCCGGAGCAAGCUUCCUGGGUGGCAUCGAUCAUCAACUUUGGGCGAUUUUUCGGGGGCGUGCUCGGUCCCCUAUCCGCGAGCCUCCUCGGCAGCAAAAGCUCCAUCCUCCUGACCGUCGUGCCCAUCGCCGUGGGCUGGCUCUCCAUAACCCUAGCCACGUCGAUCGAGUGGCUCAUCGUCGGCCGGCUCUGCAGCGGCGCGGGCCUGGGAAUGGCCUUCGGGGCCUUUCCCCUCUACAUCGGGGAAAUUUCCAUGCCCGAGAUCCGCGGCGCGCUCAUCUCCCUGGCCACGGUGGGCGCCCCCCUCGGCCAAGUCGUGGCGAGCAUCUGCGGCUCCUACCUCAGCGUGAGUCUAGCGGCCGGUCUCUACCUCGGCCUGGCCGUGCUGCUGGAGUUGCUGUUUGUCUGGCUGCCCGAGUCCCCGCACCACCUCGUCAAGACAGGGAAGAUCGAGGUCGCCCGGCGCUCCAUCAGUUGGUACAGGGCGGGUCACCAGGUGGACGAGGAGUUGGCCGCCGUUGAAAAGUUCGUCGCCACGGACGCCAGUGAAAGCCUCUGGGAGAAGCUUCGGGCUGCGGGUGCCUCGGAGCCAAUCAGACGGGCCGCUCUCCAAAUCAUCGCUCUCUUCUCGUUAAUGCAGCUGAGCGGCCUGAACAUUGUCAUGUUCUUCAUGGAGUCGAUCCUCGUGAGGGCGGGCUUUAAACUCGUGAAGCCGUCGAUGCUGGUGGUGCUGGUGAACGUCAGCUGCACCCUGUCGGCGGGGCUCUCCGUCCUCCUGAUCGACCGUUGCGGCAGAAAGUUCCUUCUGCUCCUCUCCAGCACCGGGACGACCCUGUCGAUGCUCGGACUGGCCGGGCACUUCGCCAUAGUGGGAGACGCGACCGACACCAGCGUGGAACUACCGCUGGGCCUCCAGCUGAUCCCAGCCGCCUCGAUGUUCCUCUUCAUGAUCUCCUUUUUCGUGGGCCUACUGCCCGUGCCCAGCGCCAUCCUCAGCGAGAUAUUCCCCGCCAACAUCAAGUGCAUCGCUGCCUGCAUCGCCAUCCUCACCGGGGCCGUCUCGUCCUUCCUGUCCGCCAAGACCUACCAGCCCCUGCUCGACCUCGUCGGGGACACCUACGUCUUUCUCAUCUACGCGCUCAUGUCCUCCCUCAUCCUGCCCUACACGCUGUUCGCAGUCACGGAAACCAAGGGGAAAAGCCUACAGCAGAUACAGGACGAGUUUGCUGGGAAGAACUCGGUGAUAUGACGACUCUAACUCACUCGGGGAAUGCGUCAACAUGUCAAAAUUUGUAACGUGAAGAUACAACGCCAUUGUGGACGAUUCGAGUGAUGGGUGUAAAUAUUAUUAUUACAUGCUGAUUAUGUUUAGGGUGUAGUCUAAGCAUUGUUAUUACAGGUUCGCUACUAUUAGA